ACAAAAUCAACAACAGAAAGAACAAGAGAACUAAACAAUGUAUACAAUUUCUAUAUCUAUUAUAAGUAGAUUGUUUAUAACAGACUCAAACCAUGUAUUUCAAUAUAGCUGGGUGUUUUGAUCAAUUAAUCAUGGAUUCAAUUAAUUGGUUUGAAGAAAAAUCUUCACACCCGCAAUCUACAUGAUAUUCCACGAAGCACCGUGUAUUGUCUAUACACAAGAGUAGAGAACAGGAAGAGGUGGUAAAGGAAGGAAAAGAAAAAGUAGUAGCAGAAGAAGAAGCAGAAGAAGAAGUAGUAGAAGUAAUAGAAGACGAUGAUGAAGAAGUAGUAGAAAAGGAAAAAUUAUUUUUGUUAGCAAUUGAUGCGCACACACCUCUUCUUAAAGCUGAAAAAUUUAUUAGUACUUGUUUUGGAGUGGCAGAAGGGUUAGCAGGAUUAUACAAUGUCGGUGCCAGCAUGGAAGAGAAUUGGGUUGAAGGUCAAGGAGGAAUUACAGGAAGACCCCUUGUCGAUAACAACCCAUUUAGAAGAUGCAAAGAUCACAAAUAAACAAGCCAAAAAACUUAAUAAACAGAAAAGAAAGCUAGAUGAUUCAACUAAGAAACCAGCCAAGAGGCAAAAAGUACCCAAGAAUGAGAGAGGGCCUCCACCGGAAAAAGACCAGUUAGCUUACUUGCGUCAAUACCAUCAGGAUAAAGACAACUGGAAAUUCAGUAAACAAAAGCAGAAUUGGAUUUUGAAAAAUAUAAGGCAUAUUCCUAAAGAGUACGAAAAGCAUUUAAUUAUCUAUAUCGAAGGAUUACAGGGAAAUUCGAGACUGAGAUUAUUGGAAGACUUGAGAGGAGUCAUAAAUCAAUGGAACGAGAUUGCUCAAGCUAUAGAAGAAAAAGUCGAUAAUGAAUUGAGUGGGAAGGAAAAGGAAAAUGCAGAUGACAAAGAAAGUAAAGAAGCUAAAGAGGAAAAAGCCAAACCUAAAAAGAAGUCUGAAAUCGAAAAGGAAAAGGAACAAGUACCCGACUACGACUAUGUGAUCAGAUGUAAAAAGUUAAUUAAUGCAUUAAGUGACGAAGAAGUUACAUUGAAGGGUAUUGAGACUAAUGAUCUUAAGGAAGAAAAGGCAGAGAAAGAAGACAAUUUAGAUAAGGAAGAAAAGGCAGACAAGGAAGACAAGAAUGAAAUUAGAGAAAAUUUAGAAGUGGAAACUGGAAACGGAGUUGUCAUCGAUGAAGUCGAAGUCGGUGACUUGGCAGAUGAUGCUCAAAUAAUAGAAAAAUUCGACGAAAAGGAAAAGUCUGGAAAGGUAGACUCUGAAGAACCAGAAAAGAAAAAGUCAAAGAAAUCAAAGAAAUCAAAAAAGUCAAAGAAGUCAAAAGAUUAAUAGAAUAAUAAACAAUCUCCUCGC